AUGGCUUCUCCGUUAGAAAAGCUGCCACCGGUGAUAGAUCCCUCCUUUGUCAAGAUCGGCCCUUCGAUCUGGCUACGUGAUUUCCGUACGCCGGUGGACGGGGAAACCAACAAUUAUGGCACCACGCCUGUUGUCACGGCUUCAUCUCGCUUGACCAUCGUCAUUCUUUUCUGGAUGGAUGCUCAGCUCCGCUAUGCGAGCAAAUACGUCUCGGAAUAUACCAAGCUCGCACCCAAUGCGCGGAUAAUUUUUGUUCUCACAUCUUCCUCCGAUCUAUUCUUCAACGCUUCAGAGGCUGCUCAAAUGCGGCGUGUUCAGCCGGCGGUGGAUGUCUUGCUAUCUCCAAGCACUUCUUCCUCAGCUCUUGGAAUGUCUCCCGAUGACCAGCUGUACCUCCAUCUCUUCUCGAACGGUGGGUCCGUUACCCUUCGAAGCAUAGCACUCGCAUACCGCAAGGCAACCAACAAGCCGCUUCCACUGAAAUCGCUCAUAAUGGACAGUUGCCCUGGCAAGUCCAGUUUGUCGGGAGCUCACCGAGCGAUCUCGUACGGCCUUCCGAAGUCCUUUCUUCCUCGCUUUUUUGCAGGAAUAUUUGUUUGGGUUGGGUUAUUGUGUGGAUUCGCCUACUGCCGGUUGCUUGGACUGGAAUAUCCUACUGAGCUGGCCUGGAGGGCAUCGACUGAUUCUAAACUCAUUGAUAGCCGGGUGAAACGAUGUUACGUUUAUUCGGAGCUGGACGACUUGAUCUCCUGGAAAGACGUUGAGGAACAUUCGUAUGAAGCCGCAAGCGAGAAUUAUCAUGUCGAAAGAGAGAAAUUCACGGGGUCUCCUCACGUUGGCCACAUGAGACUUGAUCCGCUUCGUUACUGGAGUAUUGUGGCCCGUUAUUUGGCCAUUGCAGUGGAGUAA